AUGCAAAGUCCUAGUCAUGUCGAUUUGGCGUCUCCACCAAGGAUACCUGGUACUCCAGUUCCUGUGAAGUUGAAGUCAAAAAAUAGCACGAAGCAGCUGGUUAAAACAGCGAAGUACUUGUUUCCGGAUUACAUGGGGUUGUUCAAUCUAGGAAUAUUGAAACACGAAGAGUUACAGUAUUGUGAGUAUACCAUUAAUGGCUUUGAAUUAUAUAUUGUGGAGCAAUGGGUCUCAGAAAGAAAGUUUUCUAAUGUUAUCACUUCAUUUACAGGAAAUUCAAGCGAAGUAGUUCGUGGUAUUUUGGUGAAACUUCCAGAGGACAUAAGGUACUGGCCAGAAUCUUUCAAGCAAUACCACGACAAGCUAAUUGAAUUUUCGUCAAUCAAAGUGAUGGAUGAUGGCAUUUCCUUAUUUGUCACCAAUUUAUCCUAUUUCCCGUCGACUCUUAAUUUAUUGCAUGUGAAGAAUGGGUCAAUGAAGGAUUCCUGGCCAUUAUUUCAAGUAAACUUCAAUUUAAAACGUAUUGGCUGUGGUAGCAGAUCCGGAAAUUUAUUAGGCGAGCCCUCUAUUACAUCACUAGAGAAAUUUGCGCAGAUUUACAAGAUGGCCACCAAAGAUCCUGAGGAUUUGUUUCGAAAUUUAAUUGAGUUGUUUAGAGUAAUACAAAUAUCCUUAACGUAUUUUAGGUUGUUAGAUGGAAGGUUUAAAGAUGGUACUCUUUGUCAGCACACCUUUGAUGGUAUACAGGAAUGGUGGGUUACGUAUGGUAAACUAUACUUGGGAAUUGAUAGGCCGAAAAAUGAAGGAAUUCUAGGGCCUACCACAGUUGCAGGUAUAAUAAGUUUUGUAUUGACAUGUUACUUCAAGUUCAUUGUGGAAGAUUGCAUAUCAUUCAAAGACCCUUAUAUAGAAAGUUCCUUCUACUCUGGGGUGUACAACUUUCAAAAGAAACACAAUCUUCCGAAGACGUCUUAUCUAGAUAUAGAAACGAUGAACAAACUUUUCAAAGUUACUUCUAGGGCAAAUACCACAGAUAUUUUCAAGUUAAAGCGUGCUUUAAAAUCUAGGGUACAGGAUAUUGCUAGAAAAGUCAAUCCUAUCCAACUAGCUAACGAAAUUUUAACAACAGAUCUUGAUUGGUUGAUAGAAAAUGUCCAAGGCGGAUAUCUUGGACUAUUUUGGAGUGGAAAGAGGCAAAAUAAAAUAACUUUACAGAGCCAUAACUUUUAUGAACAGGAUUACAGUCAUGGGGAUCCGUUCGAUGAACACGGUGAGUAUUUUACCGGAGAAGGAAUCUAUGAUUAUGAGGAGAAUAGCUCAGAAUUGGAAGAUAUAUCAAGUUGGGAGGAUGGCAACGUAAAGCACGAAUCUGAAUUUCCUUAUCAUUGUCACAAUAAUGUCAUGUUCCAAAGGGAGCUAUAUCGUAGAGCUUCCAUACCUCAGACCGAGAAGGAAAAGAAUCUUUUUCAAAUGGAAUACAAGAACAGUGUCUCAGCCGACGAGAACUCGGGGCAACAGUACACGAUUAAACAUAACUACAGCUUCUCGGAUAUACAAGAUUCCAUAGAAGUGUGGAGUUUUCCAUUUCAAGUAUCGCCUGUUAAAAUCGCUAGGGACAUACUGCGCAUGGAGGUACAUAUGAGAAAAUAUUGUGAUGAGCGUACCACAGAAAGCUGGAAUGACUGUAUGGCAACAUUAACCUCAUCAUUAAAACGUUGCACAGAGACUUUUGAGACUCUCCAACAAAAAGAGAACGAACUGCGGUCUAAGCAUGACACCAUACAAGCUGAAAUGAAAGACAUAAACUCAUUAGAAGCUAAAUUUAACUAUGAUUUGAGGAUCCUUGAUGCAAGAAUGAGAGACGUUGAGGAAAAUUUGAACCAUUUUAGCAACAGAUUGAACACAUUAGAAGAUAGCUUCAAACUGAAGGGUAAGAAAUUUAAAGCAUUAAUUGAUACUGACAUUCUACACAGUGCUCUAGAGUUAGACAAAUAUGCAUUUGAAUUCUUCGAAAAUGAGCAAGUUUGGAACGAGGGUGUCUUUUUGAGAUCAAUGAGACAGUAUAUAUGGCCUGUGGUGAAGAAGGAAUGGGAAAGACUGAGUGAAUGGUGGAGCCCAACGAAUAUGUAG